AUGGAAACCUGGCAGCCCUCGGCAAGCGGGGCCGGCGAGCGCGCGCGCCGCCGCCGCCUGCCGCCCGCGGCCCCCGACCGCCCCGCGCCGCGCGGGGGCGCGGACUCCGGCUGCGGCGCCUCCCCCACCCCGGCCCUCCCGCCCGCAUCUCCCGAGCUCCUCCCCUCCGCUCUCCGCCCCCCACCCGCCCCCGGUCCACGCUCUGCUGCGGGCUGUUCUCCCGGGUCUGGGCUCACAUCUCCCCUGCGCGCCUUUUGCCCCCCACCCCGCAGAUCCGCAGGCCUCUGGAGACCUUGGGUUGACGCCAGAGGCGACAGGGAGGAGGGGGCGAGGCACCACGCGGCGGAGGCGAUGCCGGAUGGCCCCGGGAUGACCGAAGCCGCAGGAAAGCUUUCCCAAUACAGACACCCAGUCAGACUAUUUUGGCCCAAAUCAAAGUGUUAUGAUUACUUAUAUCAAGAAGCAGAAGCUCUUCUGAAAAAUUUUCCAAUUCAAGCCACAAUUUCAUUUUAUGAAGAUUCUGAUAGUGAAGAUGAAAUUGAGGAGCUGAUCUGUGAAAAUUAAUCUGAUUAGUUACUUUUGAUGACAUUAAAAGCUUAUAGAAUUUAAAUUUAGUGUACAAAUGUAUCAUAAUCCUUUAAUUUAUUUGUAUAUAAAUUAUUAAUAAAAUGAAAUAUUUUGGAAUUACAAA